UCACGACACUCGAACAGUGACGUCGCUGGCGGUGCCCCGUUAACGCGUUACGCGAGCGCUACGCGCCAUACCCACCGUACAUGUACUAACGGCACCUACAUGUACGGCGAAGAGCGCGGCCGGCCAAGGUUUGGUACAAACUGGCAAAAAGUAAUCAUCGUGGAGUUUCUUUUCGGAAAAGUGAGGGACUUCCUCACGACUACAAUGCCUCGCUCUUAUCACAGACAGUGCUCCACUAGCAGAUACUCCAAUCACUACAGACAUAGACGGAGAAGGAGAUCGCCCUCCAAACAUUACUAUGAUGACAAGUAUGGAUCACAUAGGUACAGGUCAAGGAGCCGGGAUCGGCGGAGAGAAUACUACUAUGACGGCUACCAUGAGUAUGACUACUGUAGGAAUUCUCCACCUAGAGGGGUUGUUUACUAUGAUGAGGACUACUACAUCCCCCGGGAAAGGGAAGAGCUAAGCUGCAACUACAGCAGGAGCAGUGACUACAGACGGAGCCGACGCCACAGGAAGCACCGGCGUCACCAUUCACAGAGCAAGUCGUCUGGGAGAAGUCGAAGAGAAGAGAGGAGUGCACGGGAGGAGGGGCGGAGUCGAAGGGAGGAGGGGAAAAGUCGAGGAGUGAUUGAUGACGAGGAUGGACACCUUGUGUAUCAUCCAGGGGACAUCCUCCAAGCAAGAUAUGAGGUGGUGGGGACCCUAGGAGAAGGAACGUUUGGAAAGGUGAUCGACUGCAAAGAUCUACAUUCAGGGAGUAACCAUGUGGCAUUAAAGGUCAUUAAGAACAUUGACAAGUACAAGGAAGCUGCCAAGCUGGAGAUCAACGUGCUGACCAAACUACUACACAGAGACCCCGACGGGAAGAGCUUGUGUGUACGUAUGUUGGACUGGUUUGACUACCAUGGCCACAUGUGUCUGGCCUUUGAGGUGCUUGGUUUGAGCGUCUUUGAUUUCUUGAAAGACAACAAUUACCUCCCUUAUCCCAUGGAUCAUGUCAGGCACAUAUCCUAUCAGCUAUGUUAUGCUGUCAAGUUUAUGCAUGAUAUGAAGCUUACCCACACUGACCUCAAGCCAGAGAAUAUCCUGUUUGUGAGCUCAGAGUAUGAAAUUCGGUACAACCCUUCCAAGAAACGUGACGAGAAGACAGUAAGGUGCUCAGACAUACGCCUCAUAGACUUUGGCUCGGCAACGUUCGAUCAUGAACACCACAGCACCAUUGUCUCCACAAGACACUACAGGGCAUUAGAAGUUUUACUAGAGCUGGGUUGGGAUCAGGCCUGUGAUGUUUGGAGCAUAGGAGCCAUUAUGUUCGAGUUAUACACCGGCUUCACAUUAUUCCAAACUCACGAUAACAGGGAGCAUCUAGCCAUGAUGGAGGUGAUUCUUGGCCCUAUGCCCUCUUCAAUGAUCAGGAAAACAAGGAAGCAGAAGUACUUCUACCACAGUGGUGUAGACUGGGACCGGAACAGCUCCUCAGGCCGUUACGUGCGCGAGAACUGCAAACCGCUGCGCCACUACAUGCGCUCCUCACGCAGCACAGAGGAGCUGCACCUGCUCUUUGACCUCAUUGAGCUGAUGUUGGAGUACGACCCGGCCAAGCGCAUCACCCUCCAAGAGGUGCUGGACCACCCGUAUUUUGACGACCUGGCAGGCCACCAUCGGCUACAUUCGCCCCUCCGGAAAUCGCACAGCCUGAGCAGGUGACAGUGCGCCGUUUCACACCUGUCCAGAGUCCCCUAUAUGUGAACGCAUGCUGUUUCAGGGGUGUUGGUCAGAACUUGAAAAAGUUGUCUGAAUUGGUAUUGAAACAGGUUAUCAAUGUCGCUGAGGCCAUGAUACACAGUUGAGGGGUGUCCCAAGAUGCCAACGGCCCCUUCUGACUAAAACCUGGUGUCAUUUACAUUGGGCUUUAAUGCUGUAAGAAAAUUUUAUAUGUUUGAUGACGCUGUCGAGUUUGUGGCAAGUCAGGUGUGUAUCCAGUCGAACUGUAUGCAAUAAAUGCCACCCUCUCAACCCUAAGGGCUCCAGUGUGUUCAAGUACACAUAUACAUUUUUGUCAUUAUGCAAUUGUGCUCAUCUCAUUAAUAAGUUUAAAUAUCAGACAGCACUUUAGCAUUAAAGACCAGCAAGCCUGCUUGCCACUGGAGCAGCUCAAGUCACGGAAAACCCACUCACACUAGUUAUUGAAAUUAGCUUUGAUUUUUUUUGGUUAUUUAUAGCCUUUAAGUUAGACCCCUGUGCAUUUUUAGUUACACACAUAAGAACCCUUAAUCUCAAUGAAUUAUGUGUGCCUGAAUUGAUGUAACACAGAGUGCCAUGUGACUGUAAUUUCAGUUUGGUGUUUGGGAUUACAGAUAUCCUUCUUGUGGUUUUUAUUGUCACAUUGCCAGUAAUUCCUCCUAUUCCUUUUGUUGGUGGCAGGUGAUGACCCAUUUAAUUGAAAGGGAAAAAACCACAAAUAAGGUUCUUCAAAUGACAUAAACCCUGUAGCAAUGCCAAAGAGCGUCAGUACACAAUACACUUGGAUUGCAUCACCAGUGUUAAUGGUCACAAGGAAUUUUUUUUCCUUCUCAUAUAGUUUGUAGGUAGACUUUGUACAUAUCCACAGCAUGGUAAAAUCAUAGUAAACCAUUUUGCCAAUCUACAGAAAGAUGCCAUCUAUUUCCAAUUGCACCAUGAUGUAAGAACAGUGCCAACAUUUGUAUCGAACCCUGACGCUGCCGCAGAGCACAUACAUCCUUGCACAGUCCCUCAAUGACUCAAUACCCUGAACCAUAAGUUUUGUAAUUGAAUGCCAAAAAUGCCAGUUAGAUUUCAAAACUUUAAAAUUGACCAUUAUCAAAAUGCUCAGAGGCAAUUUACAAUCAGAGCAUGUGAAUUUCAAAUGUGAUCACACUAAUUGGUGAAACCUACAUGUAUGUGCAGUUGUGGUCAGUAAUUGAAGCCGACAGUCUUCGCUGGCAAUACUGUACAGCCUGUUAAAAUGAUGUUGCCAAGAAUGUAUUCUUCCAAUGUUGCUGCAUGUAAUUGACUUUCCAUAUUUACAGACAUUUCAGCACUGCAGUAAAAGUGAGGUGGUUAUAUACAUGUAGCUCAUCAUACAGGGUCUGAAGAUGAAUAUUUAUUAUGAAUAUCCUGGAGUCUGGCAGUUGCACCAAAUUAUUUGCAAUUUGACAAGAUUUUAGUUGAGAAUUUUGGUUUGAUUCGUUUGGAACAUUGUGAUGGUAGUUGUGUAAUGCUAUGUACGCGUACACAUCAGUGAACCGCUGGGUAACACGGUUAGUCCCUCAAAAUGCUAUUUUCAAUUGUACUUGGCUCAUAAGUCAGUGCACUGCCCCCCCCCCUGAAAAAAGUAACUAAGCUAGUUGUGUUCAUCGUUCUGCCGUAUUGAAACUCAUUUAUUUAAAUUUGUGUAUGUACUUGUAUGCAUUUCAUUCACUGUUGAAUAAACAUGGCUGUGUACAGAGUCAAAUCUUUGAAACAAAUUGACACUGACAAUAAAGAAUUUGAAUUUUU